AUGAAUGGGGAAAUGGAGGCAGCCACUCAACACCAAGUGUGGGCACAGGAGGACCUGUUGAGAUUGCUGGAUGCCAUGAAAGUGGCUCUGCCACAGAAAGACUUCACUAAAUACAAAACUUCAGAAGCCCACCUUGACUGGCAGAAAGUGGCAUUCAAUUCCUUCACUGCUGAGAUGUGUAAACAGAAGUGGCUGGAGGUGUCUAAAGAGAUUCGUAAAUUCAGGACUCUGACAGAACUGAUUUUUGAUGCUCAAGACUACAUCAAGAACCCCUACAAGGGAAAGAAAAUAAAGAAACAUCCAGAUUUCCCUAAAAAGCCUUUGACCCCAUACUUCCGCUUCUUCAUGGAAAAGAGGGCAAAGUACGCAAAGUUACACCCUGAGAUGAGCAAUCUAGACCUGACAAAGAUUCUGUCCAAGAAGUACAGGGAGUUGCCUGAAAAAAAGAAGAAAAAAUAUGUUGAAGACUUCUUAAGAGACAAAGAGACAUUUGUGCAGAGCAUGAUGAAAUUCAGAGAACUACAUCCAGAUCUUAUGGAAAGUAUGACCAAGAAGGGUUCAAAUGUUCCAGAAAAGCCUAAGACCCCCCAACAACUUUGGUAUAACCAUGAAAAGAAGGCGUUCCUUAAAACCCGCCCGGACGCUACCACCAAAGACAUUAAAGAUAGUCUUGGUAAACAGUGGACACAGCUCUCUGACAAGAAGAGACUCAAAUGGAUCACAAAGUCUUUAGAGCAGCAGAAACAAUACGAGGGAACGAUGCGGGAGUACAUCCAGCAGCACCCUGAGCUAAACAUGACACAGGAGAACAUUGUUAAGUCAACUCUGACGAAGGCUGAGAGACACCUGAAGGACAAAUCUGACGGCCGUCCUGACAAACCACCACCCAAUGGUUACUCAAUGUUCUGUGCCGAGUUAAUGUCGAGCAUGAAGGACGUCCCCAGCACAGAGCGCAUGGUAAUGUGCAGCCAGCGGUGGAAGCUGCUCAAACAGGGUGAAAAGGACGCCUAUCAGAAACGCUGUGAGCAGAGAAAAAAAGAAUAUGAAAUUGAGAUGAACAGAUUUCUCAGUAGUUUGUCAGUGGAGGAACAGCAGCGAGUCCUGGGUGAGGAUAAGUUUGGAUAUAAGAAGGGCAGUGCCGCCGGCAGUCCUGCUGCCAAAAAGAGAGCUUCUAAAGCAAAGACAUCACCAGAGAAACCCAAAAGGCCUAUUUCAGCCAUGUUCAUCUUCUCUGAGGAAAAACGACCCAAGCUGCAGCAGGAGCGACAAGACCUCUCCGACAGUGAACUCACCAGGCUGUUGGCACGCAUGUGGAAUGACCUGCCUGAUAAGAAGAAGGAAAAGUAUAAACGCCUGGAAGCUGUUCUGAAGGCCGAGUCAGUGAAGAAGGAGAAGGAAGAUCGCAACCGUUUGCCAGACCCACCCAAAACAGCUCAGGACAUUUGGCAGCAGAGUGUCAUUGGAGACUACCUCGCCAGAUUUAAGAAUGACCGUCCCAAGGCACAGAAAGCAAUGGAAGCAACGUGGAGCACGAUGGAGAAAAAAGAAAAAAUAAUGUGGAUCAAAAAGGCAGCUGAGGAUCAGAAAAGAUAUGAGAGGGAGCUGUGUGAGAUGCGCUCACCCGCUGUUGCUGCUAUUGCCUCAGGAAAGAAAAUCAAGUUUGAGGGUGAACCCAAGAAGCCACCAUCAAAUGGAUAUCAGAAGUUCUCUCAGGAGAUGUUGUCCAACGGAGAGUUGAACCACCUCCCAAUGAAGGAGCGGAUGACUGAGAUUGGCAGCCGCUGGCAGAGGCUGGCGCUGAAGGACAAGGAUCGCUACAAAAAGAUUGCAGAGGAGAUACAGAGGCAAUAUAAAGUCCUACUGGAACAGUGGCUCGCUAGCUUGUCUUCACAAGAGAGGAAUACCUACAAAGAGUACAAUUCACAAAAAAGGAGAUCAACAGCAAAACCUGGUGGUCCAAAGGCAAAGACCAAAAAAUCGGACACAGAGGAAGAGGAUGAGGAUGAAGAUGAUGAGCCAGAAAAGGCUUCCUCUGACGCAGACUCAUCCAGUGAAGAUGACGAAGAUGAGGAUGAGGAGGACGAUGAUAAGGAUGAUGAAGAAGAAGAUGACGAUGAAGAAGAUGACGACGAUGAGGCAGAAGACAAGGAAAACAAAUCAGAAGACAGCAGCAGCGAGUCGAAUUCACAAUCAUCAGAUUCUGAGUCAGACUGAAAACAGAAGGACGUCAUUCAGGGGUGAACUGAGCAGCGCUGAGCUGAGCCAAGAGUCCAGGGAGCUCUGCCACUGUGCCAACCCUGCUCUCCUCCCACCACCAGAGGGAGCCCCUGCAUUGCCUCAUCCAUUUCACACUCAUUUACACAUUAUGUUGCAACAUUGGUGAUUUAAAUUCAGGGAGGUGUCUCACCCUUACCUCCUAUUUCUUUGUUUUAUUUCCUUGGUAAUUGGAUGAUCAUCUCACAGGCUGAGACGCCCUACUGGUCUGAUAAUGACACGAACAUUUCUGACCCACAGGUUUGUGGUUAAAGGUUAGGGUUUGAUUGUCCCUGGAAGGAUAAAUUCUCCAUCCUCUCUUUUCUCAUUCUGAUAAGUAGUUAAAGACAAAAGGCAUGAGUUGUGAACUGGCUUAGUGAAGCCAAAGAAUAUAUAUUACAGGGGAUCACGUCAUGGAGGGGGGGUGCGGGGCACUGAUAAAUUGCACUCUUGAGAAUGUUUCCUUUAUUUUAUUUUUUUGUUUCCAGACCAUUGUUGAUUUGUUCCAUCAGUUGUGAUGUAGAUUUUUAUCAUUUGGUUCUUAAAGAAGCGAUAUCUUUUUUUUUUCUUUUUUCAGGAUGAAAACCAAGCCAUUUUGAAUGUCUUUUUUUGUUGCUGAAAGGUUUGAGAACUUUUUUUUAAUCAAUGUUCUCAUUUGAAACAUGCAGUGCCUAUAAAAUGUUCUUUCCCCCUGUCUUUUAAAAAAAGAUUUUAUUGUUUUAUUAUUUUUGAACCGAUGUUGAUGUAAUAAGGCAUUCUUACACCUGGCAAUAAAAGCAACACAAGCAUCUAAAGGAAGAUUUGAACAAUAUCAAAAUCUUUGACCCUUCGUCAGACAGUCAUCAGUGUUGAAGGGUUUUAUUUAAAGGGGCAGGGGUGUAAACAAAACAUUUCAACUUUUUUCAACUAAAAGCAGCUCAGAAAUAGGAACAUGCUGUAAUCUUUAUUUCCGAAAGCUAAUAGAAGUUGCAGGUGUUUGGUUAUAACACGUAUUAUAGUUCAAGUUGCUUUGUUGAAAUUUAGUUAAACUCUUAGUCUGCCUUGUUUUUCCAAAGACUAUUUCAUUUGCCAUACAUUGGUUAAAAGGUUUAAAAUUCACUUACAUUAGACAGUUUAACUUACAACAUUGUACAAAGCCUGUUGGACUUACAACAAAUGAUGGUUCAACACCAGCAGGUCUAAUGGUGGUUAAGUACAUUUUAUUGGUACUGAAGGACCAGGGUUCAUUACCCUGUGAUUCCUUGUCCCCCACAAAAAAUAUGUUUGUAUAUAAUUUUUUUAGAUGAAAAAUGAUUUGUCUGAAACAAUCUUUGAAUUAGUUUUCUAAGGUGUGACUGUGACAGUGUGUUUCAACUGAGCGGUUUAUCAUUUCCUGACUGUUUUUAAAGCGUGUGAUAUACAGUUAUGUUGUUUCUCUCAAAGCUAUUGUUUUACAUUUCAUUAAUGGUUUGCUUUAAAUUGUGUUUAGGUUUGUUUAAAUUGUCAGUAGCUGUGUUUAUUCAGCUUGGAAUCACUUGUCGAUAGUAAACUGGUUCAUCCAUGUUGUCUUUUUUUUUUUUUUUAAAGGUUUUGACUGUUUUCGUCCAUCCGGGUUUUAGUGUAUUACCUAUCCAAAAAGUGUGCACUUAUUGUAAAUCUUUCCCUCUGUGCAAGUUUGUGUGCAUGCCUGCACAGAACUGUGUAUAUAUGAGGGUGUAUUCUUCCUUUAUUUUCCUCUUUAUGCGUUUUUUGCUGUUUUGUUGCUUACUAUGAUGUGACUGUCGUGUGCGUGUAUGAGCCUGUGUGGGGCUGUGCAACACCAUUGAAUGUAGAUACUGUUAUUUCCUUCAAUUCCUGCGUCUUUUUCAUAAUUCCUAAAUGAGCUUUGGUAAAAUUACAUAAUUUGUUACCACACAAUGGACAAAUAGCUGUUGUUCUGCAGACAGCGCCUGUUAUUGAUGUGUACGCAGUGCUCAUAAGCAGCCAUAUCAUACAAAACAAAACCAGCUUAGGCUAUUUAAAUAAAUAAAUAAAAAACAGGGGAAGGAACAUCAAAAUGAUUGCUAACAUUGAUUACAGUAUGUAAAUGUCAUUUGGGAAACCAGGUUUCAUGGGGUUUGAAAAUGCCAUUUAUUUUGUAAAUACUGUUUUGUAUUGAGUGCAUAUUGUUUUUGUUAGAGAUUUUGUUAGCAAACCCUCAUCUGUGAUUUCUUUGACAUUGGGGGAGAUUUUUUGUUGUUGAAUUUUCCUGUUUUAGUUGUUUCUUCUCCCCCUUCUGUUGGUUUAUAAAGGUGUCCAAGACCGCAAAGCUUUACGAAUUUGUACUGCUGAUCAUUUGACAAAAUUUGAUGUUUUCUAUAGCUAAGAGGGUGCUCUUGUGUCCUUGUAGUUCAAGUAUUUGAGCAAAUAAAGAAAAUAUCUUCCA